AUGGUUAUGAGCCUAAUAAUACUGCUGCUCUCAGCAGUUUGGUCAGUACAUUCGGCUGCAUUUGGUACCGAAAUUCACUGUACUCGAACGGUGGCCAUCCAAGGCGAAGCAAAUGAAAUGGAUAGUCGUGGCAAGCAGAUUCGUGCUAAAAGUGUAUCAUCGGCCGAUAUGAUACUGAAGGAAACCCUAUGCCUGAAUUUUACUGAAUCAAAUCUGCCGCAAAUGCAUGCCAUUGAAUUUGUAAGGCUAGAACAACAUUUUCCAAUAUCUGCUUCCUACAAAUUUGGAAUUCCGUUGAUUACUUCGUCAUGUAUCUGCGACUGUGCAGGAGCUGAACAGUACUGUACUGUAGAAUCUUAUCGUUACAAGAACUGUACCAAGAGUGCGGUAUGUUAUCGAACUUUCCAUUCACAUCAGUCUAACCUUGGCUGCAUUAGUUCAGCACGUAGCGAUGUUUGCUGUGAAGUUAGCCUUGAGCCAUAUAAUAAUAAGGUUUAUACGGCAGUACAGCUGAAUCAACCGGAUACAGUCAUUAUAUUGCGGCAUCGUAUCUAUGAACGAAUAGCAAAUCGAUGGGCGGAAGCAGCAUCUGAAGAAUUCGAUGUAGUCGUCAAUAAAGGAUCUGCAAAAAUUGAAAGUGUCGACCGACAAAAGGUUGAGAUUCGAAUAUCUUCAAGUCGUGUAAUACGAGAAAUCUAUGAAGGCAUGUAUUACUACGCUGAUGAUGACAGACUGUUGAUGAUGGGCGUGAGACUGAAUGAGGCAACAGAAAAUGAUAUCCAUAAAUUGGGUUGGUUUCGGAAACAGGAUGGUUUGUGGGGCGUUAGAAAUGGAGUUGUUAAAAUAACAGAUUCUCAGCACGUUACUGUCGAGAAUUGUAAAGCACAAAAGUAUUUGACGCGCUAUAAUGCCGAAUAUUAUAUUACCGACGCAGACGACUUAGCCAGCUUAGAUAUGGGCUAUCGAGUGGAUGCUCAAGUGUGGGUUAAUCGAGUUUUCGUUUCCGCAGAUUCACGUUCUAUACGUGUAAUACAUGGCGAGGGUACUGCGAUACAUCUGACAAUCAGCAGUGAAACCAGGCCUCUAAUUGUCCAGUUCUCGUCACAAGUUCAUUCAUUUACUGGCGCUAUUCAAAUGGAUGAAAAAUCAAAUCGAUUUUUAAACUUAACUAUUGAGGGUGGUAAAGGAACAUUAAUUGGUUAUGUUCAUCAGUCAGAAGACAAAUCAGUUACCGAAUGGAGUUUCAGUGUUGAAUUAGGUGCAUCAAUGAGAGCUAAAUUUAUGACCACUAUUGGUGGGAUACCGCCGGAAAUCAGUUCUGACCGUUAUGUUUGCAUACAUCCAUCUGGUGACAUUUUUGCUGAAAUAUGCAAAUGGCUAAGGUACCAAUCGAGACCGUUGCGUGAACGUCAUGUUGCACAUCACUGGAAAACUGACGUUGGAGAAUGUCCAGGUUGUAAUGAAAGAGGUAUUGAUAACUUUAUACAAAAACUUGAUCCACGUCAGUGGUUUGACGGUAUGAGUUCACCGACCGAAAUUGCUACUUCUCUUUUAGAGGUGGCAUUAAUAAUAGCAUCAUUUUUGGCUACUAUAUGUAUCUUUAAAAACUGUAUUAUUCCAUUGGCAAAGUGGACAAUCUGCACAAAAAAACCAACGAAAAAGUAG